GCCCUUCGGAAGAGCACAACCGGUGCAAGCUUGUACGCGAUGCAGGCGGACAAGGAGGAGACUGCGGCGGCGGCGGCGCACCCCGCGGCUGGCAAGCCGCCUAGCAUCUGCGACAGGCUCCAGAGGGCCUUCCACGCCCGGCCGGCGUUCCGGCCCCUCCGCCGCCUCACCGUCCGCCACGAGGACGGCGACGGCGGAGCUGCCAAGCCCGCCGGCGCCGGCGCCGGCGCCGCGCCUGGGGCUGCCCCUAAGCACAGCGGCCCGCCGGUGCCGGCCCCGCCGCAGCCACUCACGCCGUCGCCGGCUCCGGCUGGCGGCGCCCCCGCCCCCGCGGCCGCGGCGCCGCAGCCGGUUCCUGUGCACUUACCGGCCGUCGCGGAGAAGAAGGCGGCGGCCAGCGCGCCGCCGGGGCCGCCGGUGCCCGUGCCGCCGCCGGACGUCAAGGCGGGAAUGGUGACCGCGGAUGACGCGAAGGCUGGAGACAAAGCUCCGCAGACCAAGGGGAAGGCCAGGGUGGGCUCCAGGGUCCGCAAGGCGCUCUCGUCCAAGUAGGGACAUGGACAGCGUGCGAUCUACGAAGCAGACACCAUAUGCAGCGUGCGAUCAUAUAAGGCCGCUUUGGUGCUUGACUGCGCCUACGUGUGCUAAGCUUCCGGACGCUAGCAUUGCUGUUCUUGUAUGCAGGGUCCCAUUUACUGAUGGAUCAUGAUGGAUGUGCAUACGGUCGAACUAAAGCCAGUAAUUACUCUCUA